AUGUUCACCAGAGCCUUUGCCAGACCAGCUUUCGCUGCCCCAGGCCUCCUCCGCUCCUUCAAGCAGAAUGGCCCUCUCAGCGUCGCCAGCUCCGUCGCCAGGUUUCUCUCCACAGAGACCAAAGAGGCCAUCGAAAAGGCCAUCUCCAGUGCUCCUGUGGUGUUGUUCAUGAAGGGCACUCCCAACGCUCCCCAGUGUGGUUUCUCGCGAUCCACCAUCGUCUUGUUGGGUCGUAUGGGCAUUGAUCCCGACAAGUUUGCUGCCUACAACGUCUUGGAAGACCCUGACUUGAGAGAGGGCAUCAAGGAAUACAGCAACUGGCCCACCAUCCCCCAGCUAUACUUGAACAAGGAAUUUGUUGGUGGUUGUGACAUUGUCACUUCAAUGGCCCAGAGUGGCGACUUGCUACAAUUACUAGAGUCUGAAGAUGUUCUCUUACCUGACGAAGAUGCUGAA